AUGCCCCACCGUGGUCCCUCCCGGCCGGACCCGUCCUGGGAUCCCGUGGGGAAGCGCCGCCGCAGCGGAACCCCCGUCGGGGUUGCUGUCGAUCACCGGACAGCUGUCGAUCACCGCGGGGCUGCCGGCCGGCGGGGGCCGCUGUGGCGGCGGGGGAAGAGGAGGAGGAUGCGGGGGAGGAAGACGAGGAGGAAACGGAAGCGGCGCUUCUUGGCGGCAAGAGAAGACGGCGGUGCGGGACGGCGGGAGCAGCGGCGGGGGGCACCGGCGGGGAAGGGCGGGCCCCGGGUCCGGUGCGGGAGGGCCGGGCCGGGUCGCACCGGAGCGGCCCCGGUGUGCGGCGGCCGAGCCGCUCCCUCCUUCCCCCAGCUCCGGUGCCGCAGCCUGUCCCGGGGCUCCGUCCGUGCCGGGGUGGGGAUGGAGCUGAUGGACGGCGGCAGCAUCUCGCUGUGGACCGUGGUGGGGGCCGUGCAGGCGCUGGAGCGGAGCGUGGCCGCACACGCGUCCCGCCUGCUGAGCCUGGAGCACCGCGCCGGGAACGCCGAGAAGAAGCACCUGGAACACGAGAAAGUGAUGGGAGAGUUGGGCAACCAGCUGGAGAGCAAGUGGACGGCGCUGGGCAACCUCGUCCAGGAGUACGGGCAGCUCCAGCGGCGCCUGGAGAACAUGGAGAACCUGCUGAAGAACAGGAACUUCUGGGUGCUGCGGCUGCCCCCGGGCGGGGAGGUCCCCAAGGCCCCGACCCUGGUGUUGGAAAACGACGCCACUGGCUUUUCGGCUCAGGAGUGGGAGAACCUGGAGGAGUGGCAGAGGGAGCUGUGCAGGAAGGUGCUGGCAGGGAAGAGCCAAGCCCUGGUCCUGCCGGACGAUGCCAUGUCUGAACCUGCCCUCCUGUCCCGGCUCCCGGGAGGGGAAGUGCCCUGCAGUGAGGACGAGGUGGCUUCCAGGGAGAUCCCAGAAGAUCCAGAUACAGUUUCCAUCCUCGACCUUUGGGUGGUUUUAUGCUUGAAAUGGGAUUCACUUUGCUGUGAAUGAGGGUGACAAGGCCACGUUCUGCUUGGGGUUGUUCUGAUGUGGACCAGGACACGCUCUGCUGGAGCCUCUGGAUUUGCAGUGCAGUGACUGAGGGGGAUUUGCUCUGGUCCUGUCACCUCUGAGCACCCCUGUGGUGGCAUCGCCACCUCUGUGGUGUUCCCAGUGCAACCGAGCCAGGAAACCUCUUGUUUGGUUUCUCAGCCACUUGGGUGGGGAGAAUUGCCUCUCCUUUCACACUUGGGUUUGUAUUUCACAGUUGCCUUCAUCUCCCGCUUCUGGGAGCUUGGGAUACGGGUGGCUUUUGUUCCUGGGGAUCAGCUUUCACCAGAUCCCAA